UGAACUGAAGCCCCGCAGCUGUGACUGCCUCCCGCGCUAAUCGCAAGUGCUGGGGUCCGGCCAGAAGCCCCCUUUGCCGCGCCCACUCCCAACUCCUUCCCUGGCCCGCUCCUCGGGAUUGCCCAGCAGUGACCUGGCACGGCAGCAGGCGCCCCGGGGUGUGGUGUCUCGCUGAAGAAGGUUUUACUUCAAAAGGAAAGAUGCUGUCUCCAAACGAUCAAAAGUUAGAGAAGCGGGAUCCGUUUUAUCGAUCUUUAGUGGCCAAGCAGAAGACCAGCGCAGAAAUCAUAAGUGAAGCACGAAAUGCAUUAAGAACAGUUGGGACCCAACGGCCAUUCACGCCACAGGAAGACCAAAGAAAACUAUUUGGACCUGCCUCUUCAAGGACACCAGAAAAUAGACCCCCUUCCUGCUUCAGCCUCCAUGCAUCCAAUUUUGAGUCAUCUGAUUCCAGGCCCAUUUCCAGUGCACGUCUCAGCCCGCUAGAGCUUAAACCGAAAGCUCCGGCAUCUCCCACCACAGAAGGGGACCCCGGCCUUUCCUUCCCGAAGCCCCCGGUGGACCCCGUGAAGAUGCGAAGGAUAAGCAGCGCCCGGGCGCGCUUGUUCCGGGCGGCCUCCCAGGGGGCCCUUCUGCCGGACAGGACGCUGCCUCCCGCCGAGCGAAAGAAGACAGUGGAAUCCAAAGACACAGUUAAGAUGGGGGACUCUCCGGUGAAAAUCAAUGGGAUUUAUUUAACAGAACCAAAGGCUGUUGGCCACUUAAAGAGUCAUCCACUUCAGCUAACAUAUGAUGGAGGCUUCAGAGAAAUCAAGGAGCAAGAAAUGUUCGAAGGGGCAACAUCCUUGCCAUCUCAUCUGAGAAGCGGAGGGGACCAGGGGAAGAGGCGCCCGAGGGCCUCCUCAUGCCCCAACAGCUCGGACCUGAGCAGGCUGGGAGCCAGAGCAGGUUCAAAAGCUGACCUGCAAGAAAAGGAUACAGAAAUGGAAGUAGACGAUGUCUUUUGGAAUACCAGGAUAGUGCCAAUUUUGCACAAAUUAGAGAAAGAGGAAGACACUGAACUGCUUUGUGCGGCUUGCACACAACUCCAUCGCACUUUAGAGGAAGAAAACAUGCUCGGAAAGAAAUUCAGGAGGAGGAGUCAUCUCCUGAAGACCCUGUAUAAACUAGUUGAUGUUGGCUCAGACCCGCUCAGCCUUAAACUGGCAAAACUUAUUCUGGCACUUAAAGUGAGUAGAAAGAAUCUUCUCAAUGUCUGCAAACUUAUAUUUAAAAUUAGCAGGAGUGAGAAGAAUGAUUCUCUGAUUCAAAGUGACAGCAUUCUGGAAUCAUUAUUGGAGGUCCUGAGAAGUGAAGACCUGCAAACUAACACUGAAGCUCUUUUAUACUGUAUGGGGACUAUCAAAUUCGUUUCUGGAAAUCCAGGAUUUCGUAAUGAAAUGAUCAGCAAAGGUGCUGUGGAAAUACUGAUGAAUUUGAUAGAGCAAAUAAAUGAGAAUGCCAAUAAAUGUGGUACCUGUUUGCCCAAUUCAGGCCACUUGUUAGUCCAAAUGACUGCUACUUUGAGAAACUUGGUUGAUUCACCCCUAGCAAGAAGUAAGUUGCUGAGCAUCGGCGCCCUGGCCCAGCUCUGCAGGGUGAUGGGACAGUACAUGAGUGACAAGGAUGUCUGCACCAAUAUUGCCAGAAUAUUCAGCAAACUUACUCCUUACCGUGACUGCUGUAUUGCAUUGGCCAACUAUUCCAGAUGCUACGCCUUGUUUUUGAAUCUGAUAAACAAAUAUCAGAAGAAGCAGGACUUGGUCGUUCGUAUUGUUUUCAUUCUUGGCAACCUGACAGCGAAAAACAACCAGGCUCGUGAGCAGUUUUUCAAAGAGAAAGAGAGCAUCCCGACCCUGCUGUCACUGUUCCGCGCCUUCUACGAGCUGGACCUGCAUCCCGAGAGGCCAGCAGGGGAUGGAGAUGAGCAGCCCACGCCACAGAAGCCGCAGGACUCUGGGUUGUCACGUUAUUUGUCAUUACAGCCCCAGGUUAUCCAGGUCCUAUCUUUCCCCUGUAUUAAAUACAAGUCAAUUGAUGACUGUGAGGAGCUGGUGAUUAAUACUACAGCAACAAUCAACAACUUAUCUUACUACCAAGUGAAGAACUCUGUGAUUCAAGAGCAAAAGCUACAUGUUGCUGAAUUGCUUGUAAAGCUUCUCGUGAGUAAGAACAUGGACGGAGUCCUGGAGGCUGUGCGUGUGUUUGGAAAUCUCUCCCAGGACCAUGACGUCUGCGAUUUCAUUGUGCGGAGGAACGUACACAAGUUCAUGAUCGCGCUGCUGGACGCCACGCAUCAGGACAUGUGCUUCUCUGCCUGUGGCGUCCUCCUGAACCUCACCGUGGAUAAAGACAAGCACGCCAUCCUAAAGGAAGGAGGCGGCGUUAAAAAGUUAGUGGGUUGUUUGAGAGACUUUGGUCCGACUGACUGGCAGCUGGCCUGCUUAGUUUGCAAAACGUUGUGGAACUUCAGUGAGAAUACCACGAACGCCUCGUCGUGUUUUGGAGAUGAAGACACUAACACGCUCCUAGUCCUGCUGUCAUCGUUCUUAGACGAAGAACUAGCACUGGAUGGCAGUUUUGACCAAGACCUAAAAAACUAUCACAAACUCCAUUGGGAAACAGAAUUCAAGCCUGUGGCACAGCAGCUUCUAAACCGAAUUCAGUCUCAUCACACCUUCCUGGAACCCCUGCCUAUUCCUUCUUUCUAACAUGAUGCAAAUUAACACCGGAAACAGGAAGUCAGGUCGCCUUCAUUCUUAAGAAGUGGUAACAAACAUGAACAUUUUUUUUUCAAUAUUAACAAAUAUUGAAAAAAUUUUCAGGUACUGAUGUUAGUGAGUAGUUGAAGUAUUUUAAAAGAAAUAAGCAUUUCUUCUUGUUAGGUAUUAUGGGAAAAUGAAUGUACAUGUACUUUCUCCUAUGAGAAAUGUAAGAUAAAAAAAUAUAUAUGCAUGGUUUUUAUAAGUAAAUGACUUUUUCUUCUAUUCUCUAGUCAAUAAUUUAGUUCUAGUCUUAAAAUCCAGAUUUCACAAUUCUGAAAUUCAGUAGUUAAAUGAACCUUAUGAUGAAGACUAUUCCAUUUUUUUACAUAGAAAAAAGAAUGGUGGUCAACACUAUUCGGAAUACAUUACUACAUAAGCAUCUAUAUGAAUUCUU